UGUAGCCCUUUAACGCGCGCGCUGUGUUUACACGUCACAUGCGGAAGUGUCAACAUGGAGGACGGCAGAGAAGCUUCCACGAAUUCACUUUUGAAAGAUGAAUGCUACGCUGAUUUCUUGGCAGAGGACUUUGAUGUAAAGACAUACACUGCUCAGGCCAUUCACCAUGCUGUCAUCGCAGAACAACUGGCCAAGCUGGCACAGGGCAUCAGUCAGCUGGACAAGGAACUGCACAGCCAGGUUGUAGCCAGACAUGAAGACUUACUGGCUCAGGCAACUGGGAUAGAAUCUCUUGAAGGAGUCCUUCAGAUGAUGCAGACAAGGAUUAGUGCUCUGCAGGCCGCUGUUGACAGGAUAAGGACAAAGAUUGUUGAUCCAUACAACAAGAUUGUGGCCAGGAUCACCCAGCUAGCCAGACUGCAGGUGGCCUGUGACCUGCUGCGGAGGAUCAUUCGGAUCUUGUACCUGAGCAAAAGGUUACAGGGACAACUGCAGGGUGGCAGCAGGGAGAUCACCAAAGCUGCUCAGAGCCUCAACGAACUAGACUACCUGUCACAAGGCGUGGAUCUGAGCAGUAUUGAGGUGAUUGAGAACGACUUGUUGCUGAUCAGCAGAGCCAGACUGGAGGUGGAGAACCAAGCCAAGAGACUACUGGAGCAGGGCAUGGAGAUCCAGAACCCAACCCAGGUUGGCACAGCCCUGCAAGUCUUCUAUAACCUGGGUAGUCUGAGAGACACCAUUAGCGCUGUUGUGGGGGGUUACCGGACCGCUAUACAAGACAACAUCACCAGCGCUAUUGACAUCAAGGGCCUGACACAGCCAGUCAGCUCCAGAGGUGCCCCCGGCAGAGCAGUGCUGCCAACACCAGGCAACACAGCGGCUUUCCGUGCUGCUCUGUGGACCAACCUGGAAAAACUGAUGGACCAGAUAUGUGCUGCAUGCAGACAGGUGCAGCACUUACAGAAGGUCUUAAUGAAAAAGAGAGAUCCUGUCACUCAUGUGUGCUUCAUUGAUGAGAUCAUCAAGGACGGUCAGCCUGAUAUCCUCUUUACUUUCUGGACUGAUGUGACCAACACACUUAGUGAUGAGUUUCACAGAGCAACUGAAGCCUCAUCCUUCCUGAAGCAGGCAUUUGAAGGGGAGUAUCCUAAACUGCUGCGACUGUACAACGAGUUGUGGCGCCGUCUGCAGCAGUACAGUGCAAGUCUACAAGGGGCCUUAACAAGCAGCGGAGGGGUGGAUGUAUCUCUAGACAUCACUGCUACAGAGACGGACAACCAGGACUUGUUCACACAUGGCAAACAGAACUACAACCCAGAGAAGGCUCUGAAAGACUCUCUGCAGCCGUAUGAGGCAGCUUACCUCUCCAAGUCCCUCUCUCGCCUCUUUGAUCCUAUCAACCUUGUAUUUCCCAUGGGGGGUCGCAACCCACCCUCCAACGAUGAGCUGGACAGCAUCAUCAAGACCAUCAGCAGUGAGCUGAAUGUAGCAUCAGUGGAUCCAAACCUCUCUCUGGCUGUGGCCAAGAAUGCUGCCAAGACUGUCCAACUCUUCUGUGUCAAGUCUGAACAGCUGUUGUGUACUCAAGGUGAUGCCAGUCAGGUGAUUGGUCCGUUAACGGAGGGCCAGAGGAGGAAUGUUGCUGUGGUUAACUCUCUCUACCGUCUACAGCAGGCUGUUGCCAAGAUUAUUGCGGGGUUGGGAUCGACUCCAGCGGCUGCAGCAGAGGCCCUUUCUUCCUCUUUUGAGGCCGUGCAGGCCCUGAUGAGCGGUGCAGUGCAGCCUCUCCUUCAGUCAGUGAAAGACUCCAUCGAGGCCAUCAUCAUCACACUGCACCAGGAAGACUUCUCAGGGCCUUUGUCCAGCCCUGAUAAGCCUGAUGUCCCAUGCUCUCUAUACAUGAAGGAGCUGCAGGGUUUUAUUUCCAGGGUGAUGACCGACUACUUCAGACACUUCCAGUGCGUGGACUUCAUCUAUGAGAGCACCGAAUCCAUUGCCCAGAGAGCCAUUGAGCUGUUUAUCCGCCAUGCCAGCCUGCUGCGUCCGCUGGGAGAGGGCGGCAAGAUGAGACUAGCUGCUGACUUUGCACAGAUGGAGUUGGCAGUGGCUCCCCUCUGCAGGAGAGUGUCGGAUUUGGGAAAGCCGUACAGAAUGCUGCGCUCCUUCAGGCCACUGUUGUUUCAGACGAGUGAGCUGAUAGCCAGCAGUCCAGCUGUCGGUGACCUGAUUCCCUACAGCACCCUGCUGCACUUCCUGUUCACCAGAGCCCCAUCUGAGCUCAAGUCACCUCACCAGCGAGCAGAGUGGUCCAUCGCCCGUUACUCCCAGUGGCUGGAUGAUCAUCCAUCUGAGAGAGACAAGCUUACCCUCAUCAGGGGCGCUCUGGAGGCCUACGUACAGUCAGUCCGGGCUCGGCAGGGAAAGGAGUUUGCCCCCAUCUAUCCCAUCAUGCUCCAGCUGUUACAGAGAGCCACCAAUGGGUGAGAAGAUGUCAGAGCCUGAAGAGGACACAGUGACAGAAAACCUACUGUGUGUUGAACAGCAGCAUCACAUCUGGAGAGGAUGCUGUUAGCAGCUCUAUGUGAGCAGAGUGUUUAUACUGAAGAUCAGCUCAAACAUGUAACUGAUCUUUCUUCCUUUUACAUGUCUGACUGAAUCAAGUGACUCUGUUCCAUCAGGACACAUGGGAUUUUGAUUUUACAUUUAUCUUGUGACCAAAGCUAAAAUGGGAAUAACAUGAUUCCAAAUAAUGUCUGUGAACAGGUUGUACGAUUUCUAUAGAGAGCUGGUCACUAGAACUGCUUCUAGUGAUCAGCUCUCUGUUACCUUCAAUAACUGAUCUGAACAAACAGUUUAAAGAUUAGAUUGAGCUUUUUUCACAUACACCUGUAUGUAAAACUCUGGCUGGUGCUUCACAUGGUAAAUGUACAUGUAACAUGUUCACAAUGAGAAUAAACGGGGUUUGUUUAA